AUCGUAACCCCAACAGCUCUUCAUCCUCAUUUCCGUCGAACAGCAACAGCUUGCAAGCAGACUUGUUUCGUCACACCUCCGCUGCCCUUGCAGCUGGCAAUGUUAUUGGUGUAUUCCCCGAGGGAACGUCGUACACGGAGCCCGGAAUCGUGCAAGUGAAGACGGUGCAGCGUGGGCUGCGGUGGAAUACGCUAAAGCCAUGGAUUUGUCCGGGAUGGAGGGCAAGGAGUUGGUCAUUGUCCCCGCAGCGAUAGUCUAUACUGAUAAGUCCAAGUAUCAGAGCAGAGUCUGUGUCAGAUACGGAAAACCAAUAGCAGUUGGCGAAUAUGCAGCAAGACUGGAUCCGGAGAGUGCUGAUAGCACGCGUUUUGUGGUCAAAGAGAUCACUGCUGCGAUUGAUUCACAGCUCAAGCGCUUGACUGUGAAUGCUCAUGACUGGAAAACACUCCGUGCGGCUUGUGCAGCAAGAAUGGUGUUUUGGAAGAACGAGGAUCGCAUCCCGCUUGACAGAUUUGUCGAUAUCUCUCAAAAGUUUGUCGACGCAUUGUUGCCAAGAAGCGAUGAAAUGGAAACACGGAAGGCCAUUUUGAAUAGAUACCUUGCGCUUCUGCACUUCACCGGCACUUCUCAUUUAGCUCUGGAAGUCCUCUACCCAUUCGUCGAUUACAAUGAAGACUUUCCUAUGCGAGCCCUCCUUUUACCAUCUCGUAUCCGCACUGGUGUGACACUCCUGUUCCAACUGUGCACCACCAUGUUCCAUCCUCGUGCCCUUCUCUUCUUCCCGGUAUUCGUGGUUCACGUUCCAGGGUACAUCACUGGCUGGUUCGCUGCACGGAUGCUGACGAUACCGAACGAGGAAGAGACCAAGGCUCAGUUUAAGGCUAUAUUCGGUGGUAUGGGAUUCGCCUUAUCCUAUGGCCUGCUCAUGCGAGCAUGCGUGAAGCUCGCAGUCAAGUUCACCGACCCAGUCCUUUCCCCAAUUCGCAAGGGAGGUGUUGUUGUUUUCAUCAACAAGAUUGUACGAUUAUCGGCGCUGUGCGACUGCCUCGCUGGAAGACAGGGGUUGUUGAAUAGAGCGCUCGGUACUCUCGCCACAGCAGUUGGGAUGACUUGGUCCCUUUGGAAGUGGCACAACGCCCUUGUGUAUGUGAACUAUAGGCAAUGGAAGCGUUUUCUGACUGCCUUCAGGGUUUUCACUGGCCUCUUGCUCCCUCCAUCUUUUGAUCUACCAGCUGAUCAACUUCUAGCGUAUUCAACUCUGCCACUUCCCGUAGAGAAUCCGUAUGUCAAGCGACACGUAGUUGACCCUCCCAGAAGCAGCAGUGCUCUCGUUGGUGAGGCAACCCAUACAGUGACACAAUCCUCUGUGCGGAAUGCCGACAACGCGAGGCCUGGUGCACAAGCUCCACCGAUUCCUACAAGGCGGCUCAUACGGCACCUAUUCUCCGCUCGUUCUGAGGCCUGCCGUGCACUUAAAGAGUUAUCGGAUGGACAGACGCCGGGAUGAAGCCUGGCAAGCCCACGUUCAUGGUUUCUGAUACGUUAGCAUCUC